CAUAGGCUGUGCAUUUUGAAUGCUUUAUGACGAAAACAUUGUGAUUCAUGUGUUUGUUUAUCUUAAAAGUGCCAUUGCUGUCUGUGUUUGUUUAAAACCAUCAAUUGGCAACCUCUUCCUUCGAAACUUCUAAAACAACGAUGUUUUUAAUACUUCAAAAUAACAUUUGAUAAAUGAACCUUACAUUUUUCAGUAGCCAUAGGUGUGUCGAUUUUAACAAAAUCUAGUUUAGUUCUUACCGGGGCUCUUACUUACUGCCUGACAUAUCCGAUUUUGUUUACCAAGCUCGGAGUUUAAUGCUGGGCUAGUGGGUGCCUAUUUCCAACCUUUCUCACGGCUAGACCGAGAAUUCUCGUCGCAAAUCAAUAUUCCACUGGAGCUCCAAGCGGAUUUGUAGGCCUACAGCACUGUUUACAGCUCUUCGUGUCACGAAAGGGGAGUGACCUGAAUGACGUUCCCUCACGUCAGCUGCUUAAGUGAAAGCGAAACUUGGAUAGGUGUCGACUCCUGACUGAAAAUAAGUUCAGUUCAUGUUUCAUCAGUAAAGUGAAAUAAUGUCCAAGGUCACUUUCUGUGGUUGGGAAGUUGAGUAUGAUGGUGACCACCAUCUGAAAGCUGAGCAAGAGGCUAAAUCUGGCAGACUUUACACAAUGUACCAUGGCACCAGUGUACAACUUGCCCGUCAGAUAAUUCAGAAUGGCUUCAAGCAGUCUCAAGACGGAAUGCUGGGUCCUGGUGUUUAUGUGAGCCGCGAUCAGAAGAAAGCCGAGCGCUACCCUUUGAAUAACCAUGUCUCUGACAAGGUAGUGCUGAAGUUGCAAGUUGAUUGUGGGAAGGUGAAACGCAUCGACAAAGACAAUCACCCCAUGCAAAAAUCCUGGCACAUGCAGGGCUUCGACACUGCAUGGGUGCCCCCAAAAUGUGGAAUGAAAGCUGUUCCAAGUGGCCUUGAGGAGGAUUGCAUUUGGGACCCAAACAGGGUUAAGGUGACUGAUAUUGCUGUUGCACCCAAUACCACUCUUUUAGCUGAACUUCGCCAGCUGAUAUCUCAGAGAAAUAAUCAGUUUACGAAUCAGUCCUCUGGCCAAGGAGCCUGUACCUUAUGCAAGAGAACUAAUGAUCCUGCUCAUGGUGUACAAUCAUGUUGGGGAUGUGGACAGAAUAUCUGUAUCCUCAUGGCAAAACAUGUUUGCCUGGUCAAGCCAUAAUAGACCUCUGAAGUUCGCCUACAAAAAGGACCCAAAGCUGCCAUCUUUGCCCAUAUAAGGAGAUCCAAUUGUUAAUCAAAGUUGCACUGCAAGUUAGCUCUGGAGUAGCAAAAAACAAAGUUUGCCAUAUUAACGUACCGAAGAUCAUAGUACCCACUCGAAGGCAGAUGACAAAAGUGUGUAGGGCAAAACGUCUGCAUUUCAGAGUUCUUUGUGCCCUGCGAGAGUGUAACAGGUACGUCGUAACAGAGAGUGUUAUUUUCCCAAAAAUCGCAAAAUACCGUAUCUCCUUAUAUGGGCAAAGAUGGAAGCUUUUGUAGGCGAACUUCAGAAGACUAUGUGAAAAUCCCAUUUUUUUGCUAGAGAUUUGACGUGAUAAAAAUGACAAUCAUUUUUGUAUUAACGAAUUUGUGUUAAAAAUGCAUACAUUUAUUAGUCUUUUUUCUGUCUGAAGGUGGGGACAUCUUGUAGCCUAUAAUAAGCCAUAUCGAUCUCUGAAAAAGUAAUUCUGUUCUGAUUUCAUGACUUCUUUGACUCAUAAGAGAGAGCUCAAAUUAAAAGGUUUAAUUGA